AUGAACUCCAUAGCUUUUUCUCCCCAGCCGAAAUGGCUUCGUCAAUAUGGAAAUGCAGAGGCAUAUACCUGGCGACCCUCUUCUUCCUCCACGACGACGACGACGACGACGAGUAAUGAUGAUGGGGAAAGUGGGAUGAAAUUUUCCCGAGCGAUUGGAUUGGUGGAAUAUGCUUUUGAUACUGAUGGGAGACAUUUCGAAGGAAGAGCAGAUAUGAACUGUCUCCUAACCCUCGCCUUUCAAACCCGCCAAAUCUCCCCAAAGGAAUUCCGACAGAGGAUUUUAUUAGCUUGGACUACGUUGCGAUGUCAACAUCUUCUUUUGCAGGCUAGGACUGUGCGAAAAAAGAAUGAUGAAGAAGAAGAUGAUGAAGAGGAUGAUGAUGAUGUAGAAAAAAGUGUGGCGCCCGAGGGAUUACAUUUCACGAUUGAUGUUCCUAGAGAUGUUGAGGAAGCUAGGGAGAGGGCUGAGAAGCAAUUGGUGUUUUUGGAGGAUUUUUAUGAAAAAGUGGAUGCUGAGGAGUUUUAUAUGCAUUGUCAGAAUGGAGGGAGAGUAGUGGAUCCCGAGGUGGCGUUGGCUAAAGUUUUUGUGCUGCCUUUGGGGMAAGAAAAUGGAGGGGAGGGGGGGGUGUUGAAGGUGUUGUUUGUUGGAGGACACAUGAUCUGGGACGGCCUAUCCUCCUACGUCUGGAUGCGAGAUUUCAUCACCCGCCUCAACCAAACCCCAGAGACUCUCCAGCGUCAAAUCCACGAAUACAUCCAACCGUCCAGCAUCCAAACCCGAGCCCCUUUACCCCAAGAAGCCCUCUACCCACCCAUCCACCCCGGAAACCGCGCCCGACAACGCUGGUUCUGGACUAUAACUCGCAUCCUCCGCCACGUCCGUAAACCCCUUCCUGAAGGCUUCUCCAACCCUCUCCGUCUUCCUCAAGGCAGAAGAAGAAAUGACACAUCCUUCUCACCCAUCUACUCCAAGGUCCUAAAUUACACCACCUCCCCCCCAAAUACCACCAACCCCACAACCUUCCACAUCCCCGCAGCAGAAAAUCUCCAUCGAAUCUGUAAAUCCGUGCACGCGAGUAUCGGCGCGGGAAUUUUCGCUCUAGUGGCAUUAACCAUGAUGGAAUUCCACGAACAUCUCCAUCCGGAAAUUCCUCUGCAGGAAAGAAAGGCUUUCAUUACGGGCUUUCCGUUGAAUCCAAGGGCGUUUUUUAAUCAUUAUACUGAUCCGGAUUGUUGUAUGUUGGCCUUCAGCGAUGGAAUCUCCCUCCCCUUCCUUCCCUCCCACCUCCCAGUACAAGGACGUCUACGGCUUUUAAUCCGCCAGGCUCACAGGCAAUUACAAUCCUAUCAAAAACGACCCAAUAAUCCUCCUCCUCCUCAUCAUCAAGGACCAGAAGAAGUAACAGCAAGAACUCACAAUCUCAAUUCCCGAGCAGCAGGUCUAGUCCUCGCGAAUCAAUAUCUUUAUUCCCUAGAACGCGUUCCUGGUUUCUUACAACAAAAACAACACACAUCAUCAUCCUCCUCCUCCUCACCGCCAUCCCCUCCUCAAGGAAUCUAUCCAGCACGUCAAAAUCCCACUUCUCAAACCUGUGGAGUUUCAUCAGUGGGACUUCGAGAUCGAUUGAUUCGUAGGGGCCACCAUCAUCAUCAUCAUCAAGAUAAUAACAAGCAUCAUGAUGAUGAUAAGUUGAUGGUGGUGGAUUUCAGAGAUCUCACAGCGAGUGUCCGGGCUCGAGAAGGGGAAUUUCUCGUGGGAGCUGGGGGAAGUGAGGGCGGGAUUUUCGGGACCGUGAGUGUGGAUUCUAGUAUCAUGGAUCAAGGAUUGGUGGGGCGGUGGAGGGAGAGGAUGUUGCGGGUUUUGGAUGAGGUGCAUGUGGAUGUGGAUGUGGUGGAUCGAGGAGGAGGGGCUAAAUUGUGA